GCUUCUGGUCGUUGGGGUUGCUUUGGGGCCGUGCCUGUGAAUUUAAUGUUCGGCUAAUCCAAUAAAGAUACAACAAAUAGUAGCUAUGUGGAUGCCAGCAAUUAGCAAGUGCUUGUGCUAUCAAAUAAAGCUAAAAUGCUGCACACGGAGUCAUUGCCCACCAGCACCACCCACCAAGGUAUCUACGCGCCGCUAAGUCAGGCCAUGACCGACUCCGAAUCCGACGAAGAGAUCGAGAUUCACAACGCCAGCAAGCAUCGCCAGCGAUUCCACAUCGAAUCUCAACAGCAACAGCAACAGCAAAAGCAGCAGCAGCAGCAGCAUACGCCCCAGGAGCGCCAAUCUCAACGCAGUCGCAUUCCGCCAAAUACCUUGGCGCUCAAGUCUCCGCACACGCGGCCCACAGCCACACGUAUCGUAAGCAAGCCGCAGUCUCAAUCUCAGUCCCAAUCCCAGUACCAGUCGCAGUCGCAGUCCCAUCCUCAGCCGCAGAAGUUUCAGCUGGAGACGCCCACGAGCAGCUACACCACGAACAUGCAAAACACUUUCCGGUCCGUGAUGCUCAGCGACUUGGGCGGCGGCAGUGUGGGAGCCGAGUUCUCCAACUUCAACAGCGAAUUCGAUGCCACGGCAGACAACGUGGCCAUCCUGGGCGGCAGUACGGAGGAGUCCAAGCUCGCGCCCAUGUCGACGGCAAGGCGCAGCUGCUUUAUAGCCUCCCUCUUGCUGUGCCUCUUUGCGGUCUUCGGCUUUGUCUGGCUGGUGCCGUGCGGCAAUCCGGAUGGCACCGGGGCCUGCCCAGCCGUGGGCGACCGCGUGAAGACCCACAACUGGCUGAAUAACUAUACGAAAAUAGAGCUCAAGGGCGGCAUCAAUGUGGUCAAUGGACUGCGCGCCUGGGAGAACAAUCUGAUAUUUCUGUACCGCGGCGAUGCCUUCUUCCCGGAGUUCCGGCCGGGCAAUCACAAGCGGAAUGGGAUCAUCUCGUUGAUCGGCAGCUCUGGAGCUGUGGCCUGGUACGACGAGAUGGUGGAUGAGCCGGCGGCCCUGGACUGCACGCUGAUCGAUGUGGACAACAAUGGGAAGACGGACUGUCUGGUGAUUGACGAGUACGGCGAGCUGGGGGCCAUCAAUCCGGUCUCCGGACAGUGGCAUUGGCGCUUCAAGGAGCGCUCGGCCCACAAAAUCGAUGCCUACGACUUUCCCAUCAUUCUGCCCGACCUGGAUGGCGAUGGAGUGCUGGACAUACUGCUCGUGUCCAGCCUGUCGCUGGAGCAGCGCACCAAGUCGCUUAUCCAACCCAAGCACGAGACCGCGGCCCAACUGGAGGCACGCAAUGUGCUCCGACUGCUAUCGGGGCGCCAUGGCAGGCCCAUAGGCGAUGGCUUCCGGGUCCACGACUGCCAGAAGCUGAGCCGACUCCAGCUGGAGGCCGGAAAUAUCAGCUACAUCUGUCUGCGGCCCAAUAACUCGGACCAGCAGCGCUCCAAGUCUCUGGCGGAGCUAAACGGGCUGAUAACCAACAAAUCGAUUGUGGGACAACGUCUGCUGUCUGCCUCCAAGAUCUCCCAGCACCGCAACCACGGACAGCGCCGGGAGAUCGACUCGCAGCGCAACAUUUACUCGCUAAGCGGACGCGAACUGGUAGUCGAGAAUCGGGGCAUUUGCCCGGAAGACUGCAACGUGACCUUCGUUUUGAGCGAGGUGCGCAAUGGAAAGCCCCACGUGCUGAGGAAUUUCACAAACACCGGAAUGUACGGCAUGGUGCCGGCUGAGUAUCACUUUAAGAACACCAAAUCCCAGAUGUCCGGCUUUGUGAUGAAGUUCUGGAAGUGGCAUGUCGGGAACAAGGUGCAGAAGCAGUCCCCCUCCCAGACAUCUACACCGGCCGCACAUAACAGCAACAACAAUGUGCAGAAGAGCAAUGGUAAUGGUAAUGGCAAUGGCAAUGGCAAUGGCAGCAACAGCAGCAGCAACACCAAGAACAUGAACUCCAUCAAGGACAAGGAGAAGUCGUCCCACGGCAAGAAGCAGCAGCAACAGCAGCAGCAGCGUCUGAAGCGCAGAGAAGCCGGAGAAGGCCAUGAAUUCCCCUCGGCCAGCCAGCAGUUCGAUGUCUUUGAGCACUUAAUCGAAAAGCGGAAGGCCUAUGGCGUCCCCUACAAGAACCAGACGAAGGCCAGCUCUGUGAACGGAAGCGGAGGCGGAGGCGGAGGCAGCAGCUACAAAAUGCAAAUGAUCACCGAGACGGUCAUCCUCGUCUUGUUCAUGGGCGCCGAUACACGGAUCGAAAACACGUCGCAGAGCAACAUUGUGCAGUUCUGCCGCCAGGACCGCAACGAGAUGGUGUGCCAGCCGGAUAUUAACAACCAGGAGCACUCGAUGCUGAUAGCCGAUCUGGACCAGGAUGGCUCACAGGAGCUGGUCACCUACAUGUCCAGCUUUGUGCACGCCGAGGAGCAGCCGUUGAGCGAAUGGAAAUUGGUUACCUACGUGCGCCUGCUGCGUAUUCAGUCCGAGCUGCCUGCCUACUACGAGGACGAGAAACACAACUAGGGCGUAGAUCGGCAACAGAACGCAACGGAACGGCGGAAUGUGCAUUUAAGCAUCAUCGCGCUGGUAGCUGCUGUCGGGCAUACAUCAAACGUAGACAUUAGUAGUUUAAUUACUAGUUGCAUGCAUUACAUUACACUGUACAUUAAAUAGAAGAACCUUUUCUAGAUACUACAGCCACCCCCCC